AUGGCUCGCAAUUACUGGAGAGGUUCUCAUUACCUCGAAUGGUUGCUAGACCGUCAAGAUCUGAUGGUUCACCGUAUAGGCGAUUUGAAAAUCCUCGGAAGCGAAGAAGAAUACCAAAAAGUAAUGAUUUUUUUCACCGAAGUGAUUCAGGCGUUUGGCAAAAGCGUCGAAGUAAGACAACAAGUUGUUGCUACGGCAACCGUCUAUUUCAAACGUUUCUACAGCAGAAACUCUUUAAGCUCCAUUGAUCCAUGGCUUAUGGCACCAUCCUGUUUGUUCCUGGCUUCGAAAGUUGAGGUAAUUUCGAUAUGGAGUUUAUUUGAUUUCAAUCAUUCCAAUCAGGAAUUUGGACAAUUGUCACAAAAAAACCUAAUAACAUCUUGUCGAAAUGUUGUACACAAUCAUUAUUCGGCGUAUUUUCCGGAUGGAUAUGGCUAUCCGUAUCGACCGCAAGAUGUGUUGGAGUGCGAAUUCAUUCUCCUGGAAGCAAUGGAUUGCUCACUCAUAGUGUUUCAUCCAUAUCGACCGCUGGUACAAUUCUGUGAAGAACUUCGUCCACAGUUGCCUGAAUUGGCUGACCUUUUGCUUGAGCGUGCAUGGUGGAUAGUGAAUGACAGCUUCCGAACAGAUGUUUGUCUGCACUACCCGCCUUAUAUCAUCGCUCUCGGUUGCCUGCAAACUGCAUUCAUCCUUCUGGCCAACAAUAAUGAUCUGCUGGUUGGCGCUUCAGCUUCAGCCAGUUUGGCCAGUGCGUCAAGUCGUCAUGUCUAUAUCACCAAUCAUCCUCAACCGUCUGUAAAUCCACUGGCCGUAGCUGAUCACUGGUUCUCUGAACUGAACGUCGAUAUGGAAAAAGUUCUCGAAGUGACUCGACAUUUGAUCAAUUUGUAUGAACUUUGGCGUCGUUUCGACGAGGCGAACGAGAUGCCCACACUGUUAUUGAAAAAGCUUCCUAGACCAGUCGUACAGCCUCCUCCGCACGUGUCCCAGCCUUAUGCCAACCCAUCGAAUGUCCCACCAGGUACGAUCGGGGGGACUGGUGGCGGUGGCGUGGGGAGCGGAGCAAGCCAUUCCUCGGCAAGUUUGUCUGCCGGGGGCGGUGGCGGUGGAGGUGGGGCUGGCCCCGCAAAUCAUGCAGCUCAGGUGAUCACUGCUACCAAUUCCGGGAGCAGUGGUGCAGCUUCAACCGGUCUGCCAUCAGACAUGCAACAGCAGCAACAACAAACUCAUCUCCAUCAUCAUCCUCAUGCGCAUCCGGGACAACCGGUACAAAGAGCGGGCGCAAAUACGGCUGGCCUUAGAAUGCACUCGCAACAGCAGCAGCAGCAACAACAACAACAGCAAUCUCAGGGAAUGACUCAUAUGGUCGGACUUCGUUAA